UAGAGGUAGAGUGAGAGAGAGAGAGAGAGGGAGAGAGAGCCUGGAUUGUUCCACCACUCUGUGUGUGUGAUUACCCUCAGACGGUCGGUGCUGGAGCCGCGUCUACGGACGACCAACCAUGGAAACGCAAGUGAUGCAUUCGGAGCUCGAGCUUCUGUGUGGAGAAGAAGAAAGCACCGGUUUUUUCCGCCUGACUUAAACACCUCAGCAGGAGCUGGGAGUCAUUUUUUUCCGACUUAUUGGAUCUUGAUCGUAAAGAGUUUGUCAGACUGCCCGGACCGUACAGACGCAGAUACGCCGGCUCCUCGGUUCCACGCCGACUGCUUCUCUCUCAAUCUGUCAGAUACCCCUGGUGUGACUAAGUGUGUCUGAUCGGGACCCGCUGCGUGUGUCAGGGGGGCUAUGGUGACGUGAUGUGCGCAAUCUGGUGCGAGGAGAGACGCGGCGGAAGGAGACGGAGGCGUGAAGCGGUGGCUCUUCAUCCGUGGCUGCGUGUCACGCUCCUGUUCUCUCUCCUGUGGGGUCAAGUGUCUCCCCAGUGUCCAGACAGCUGUAAAUGUGCGCCGGACACGGGCACGGUGGACUGCUCGAACGCCGGUCUGUGGGAGAUUCCAGAGGGGAUCCCACCCGGAACGGUCGCCCUGCACCUGGAACGCAACCACAUUCGGAACAUUCCCGAGGGCGCCUUCGGCGACCUGCCGCACUUGCGGGACCUGUACCUGUCCCACAACCGCAUCGACUCCCUGGCCUCGGGCGCCCUGCGACAUUUGGGCCCUGAGUUGCGCCUGUUGGACCUCUCGCACAACCUGCUGAGGCAGGCCAGCAAGGAAGAGUUCGGCUCCACCCAGGCCAAGGCGCGCCUCUACCACAACCCCUGGCACUGCGACUGCACCCUCCAGGAGCUGAUGGAGUCCCUGAACCUGGAGCCCGAAACGGUGAACGGGAUUAUCUGCGAGAGCUCCGUGCGGGUGGUCGGCGAGGGCAGCAGGUGGGAGGACCCGGGGUCGCACGGGGAUCACGCGGGACAGCCGUUGGUCAAGCUUUUGGACUCCGGGGUGAAUUUCUGCAGCCUGCAGAGAAAGACCACGGACGUGGCCAUGUUGGUGACGAUGUUCGUGUGGUUCUUCAUGGUCAUCGUUUACGUUGUCUACUACGUCCGGCAGAACCAAGCUGAGGCCCGCAGGCAUUUGGAGUACCUGAAGAGUUUGCCCAGUCCACGGAAAACUCCCACUGAGACGGACACUCUAAGCACUGGUUUCUAAAAUAUUAUUUAAGAUUUUUUUUUUUUUUAAAAAAAACAGUUGUGGAAAUGAAUGAAAUUUGAUUAACAUCACACGACAGAUUCCCUUUGUGAGUUGAAUUCAAGUGUGUUUUCUCUAGCGUGAUGAAAACGAACAGGUGCGUAUUUAGCGGACUCCUUUUUUUUUUUUUUUUUUUUUUUUUUUUUUUUUUUACAAUCUGCCCCGGAGACAAAGGAUGAAAUUUAAAGGGAUGUAAAUGAAGAUAUUUUCUGAAGCGGCCCUUCCUUCUUUGCGCUUCGUUAUUUUGUUCCUCUUUCGUCUUUGCUCCCGAUGAUGAUGCAGCCUUUUAUCUUUCAUUAGUCUCUAAUUAGGAGUCUUUGACCAGCUGACCCCGUCGCACACUUGAAAGACACUAAUCAGGUGGAGUAUGUUAAUCAGGCCCCAAAGGGGACAGUGUGCGGCUUCAAGCGUGUUUGAAUAUUCUGUUGAGCUCAGUUCUACGUGGACGUCGUUUGUUUGUUUUUUUUCGAUGCAUUUCCUUGUUUUGUGCAGACUGAUUGACUUCGCUUACAAAUCCUGAUGCGGUUGCCAUGUCAGGGAGGAACAGUGGAUCUCAGUUUAUUCUCAGGGACCCAUUAACUGUAGAGGUGAACAAUACCGUCUCUUAGCUGCAGGAGUCGGAGUCUGAAAUAUUUCCGCGCCUUAGCGUAGUGUACGUGCAUCUGAGCAUCACAGAGAAAUCCAAACCAGAAAUGGAAUCUUUGUCAUAGAUCAGAUUAGGAAAGCAAUUUAUCCAUCGAGCUUUAAUUAAUCUCCGGAGUCCGACUUCCUCUCAGCGCUGAUUGCUCUGCACAAAUUGUUCCUUCUCACGUUUUCCAUACGGACUCAGUUGUUUGCACUGAUUAUAAAUAUACGUUACCUUUGAAAACAUUCCAAGCGUGAGGCGGACGAAGUGAAGGCUGGUCAAAGUACUGUAGUACUGUGUAUUCGGCGCAGAGUAAAUGGAACAAACAAAAUAACAAAGCAAAGAAAUGGGGGGUGAAAAAAGGCCUAAUUUUAGAUUUUAUUUGAAUACAAUGUGAUAGUAUUAAACGUAGCAGUCUGUACAUUUUCUACAGGAAAGUGAGAAAUGCAGAACAGCAUCCUCAGUCU